AUGCUUCCUCACGACCAUGCGUUGAUGUCCUUCUACGAGCUCUACUCCACGGCGACCCCCCUGCUGCUGCCAUCUGCAGAGUGGAUGUACCGCCUGCCCGGGGACCUAUUCGGAUCGUUAUUACUCAUCACAAUGAAGGGUCUAGCAGACCAGCGCCGACCCCUUUCAGGCUUUACAUGCGCGGCCAGCUCUCCGUGGGCGAGCGUGCCCGGAUCUGGAAUUGGCGGGCUGAGUCAGUGGCAAGGGCUUGACGAUACCGCGAAAUAG